GGGGCCCGCGCGGCCGCCGGUUAGUUCCGGACAACGCCUGGUGUGUGGUAACAGCGGCGGACGCUUCCUCCUUCUCCUCCUCCUCCUCCUCGCAGGCGCUUCCUGCGCGGCGGUGCAAGCCCACUCGAGGGCUCCGUGGGUCGGGGGGAGGCGAGGACGGUAUAUUUUUCAAGUUCUUCAAGUAUUCUUGCACAACGAGGAAAAAGAAGAAACAUUUCAGUGAAUGCGGAGUUUUUUGCUUCUAUAGUGUUUUCCUUGAGAAGUGGGUCUUUGAAUGAGGAUGACAAUGGAAGAGAUGAAGAAUGAAGCAGAGACCACUUCUAUGGUUUCCAUGCCUCUCUAUGCUGUUAUGUACCCUGUCUUUAAUGAGCUAGAAAGAGUAAAUCUAUCUGCAGCUCAGACACUGAGAGCAGCUUUUAUUAAGGCUGAAAAAGAAAAUCCAGGUCUUACACAGGACAUCAUUAUGAAAAUUCUGGAGAAAAAAAGUGUGGAUGUGAACUUCACAGAGUCUCUUCUGCGUAUGGCAGCUGAUGAUGUAGAAGAGUAUAUGAUUGAAAGACCAGAACCAGAAUUCCAAGAUCUUAAUGAAAAGGCACGAGCACUUAAACAGAUUCUUAGUAAGAUUCCUGAUGAGAUCAAUGACAGAGUGAGGUUUCUUCAGACGAUCAAGGACAUCGCGAGUGCAAUAAAGGAACUUCUUGACACAGUAAAUAAUGUCUUCAAGAAAUACCAAUAUCAGAACCGGCGGGCACUUGAGCACCAAAAGAAAGAGUUUGUAAAAUACUCCAAAAGUUUCAGUGAUACUCUGAAAACUUAUUUUAAAGAUGGAAAGGCAAUAAAUGUGUUCAUAAGUGCCAACCGACUAAUUCAUCAAACCAACUUGAUACUCCAGACCUUCAAAACUGUGGCCUGAAAACUGUAUAUGUUGAGAGUUGUACUUUUCAAUGGUGGAUAGGGUACCUUUAUAUGUAAAUUUUAAAGUUUUGACUGUAUAAAUUAUCAGCCCCUCCUGAGGGGCCUAAUGCAGGAUUUUGAAUGGGAUUAUUGCCAUCUUACACCAUAUUUUUGUAAAACAUUGUAGCUUAAUCAUAAUCUCACAAUGAAGAUUUUGCAUCACUUUUUGCUAUUAUCAUUCUUUUCAGAAUUAUAAGCCAAAAGAAUUUACGCCUUAAUGUGUCAUUAUGUAACAUUCCUUAUAAGAAUUGUAAAUAUUUGGUGUUCUGUUUCUGACAUUUUAACUUGAAAGCGGAAAACUGCAAGAUUAUGUAUUUAACAAUAUUGGUGGCAAAUAUUCAAUAAAUAGUUUACAUCUGUUA